AUGGCCAUCAAACCGAUUACCGGCAUGCUCAAGCGACAGAUCGUGCUCGAUCUCUCUGUUGCCAUGGGUAUUGGCGUCGUUGCCGGCUACGGCUGGUGGUACGGCUACCACGUUCCCGCCGUUCGUCACCGUGACGCUUUCUACCAGAAGCUCGAGGACGAGCGCGCAUCAGCUCUGGGCCAGAAAUAG